UUGCGGGCAAGCCAUUCUUGCAUUCGCCAAUCUUAAUCGAAUCGAAUCGAAUCGUCUUUGGUCUUUGGUUAUGUUGAGGUCAUGUGCGGACUCGUGGAUAGCAUCAGAAUAACCGACAGAACCUGGAUUUACAGUAAACUUUUUACGAAAACUCAGAAGUAACUAAUUUCGAAGUAUGAUUUUCAAAAUGGGCCGACUUAAGGAUGAUUUUCUCGGUGAUGAUGAGAGCAACAGCGACGACAGUGAUAGUAGCCUCAGCGAGAUGGAUGAUAGCAGUGACAACAGUGGGUUUGAUCUCUACGAUUCCGAUUCAAACGACGAAGCUAACAAUGCGGGGCCAAGUGCAUCCGUUAAUGUACCUGGUGGGAGCGGAGAUGUCCUGGAAUUGAACGAGGAUGAGGAAGAAGAUGAAGUUGUCAAAGCUAUAUUAAGAUCUAGACAACCAAAUAAAGAUCAUCCUCCAGACAUUAAGCUGGAGGAUUUCAUUGCGGACAUAUCUUUUCACCCUGCAAACAACUUGAUUGCAUUAGCUUGCAUGUCGGGAGAUGUACUUCUAUACAAAUAUACCAAUGAAUCUACUGAUCUAGUCUCUACAUUGGAAUUACAUAUAAAGGCUUGCCGAGAUGUUGAGUUCAGUGAGGACGGUAAAAUUCUCCUUUCUACUGCAAAAGACAAAUCUAUCCUUCUCACAGAUGUAGAAACUGAAAAACUUACCAGGCUUUACGAAAAUAGCCACGAGGAUCCCGUGUCUACAUUGACUGUGAUUGAUGAGAAUCUAUUUGCCACUGGUGACGAUAAUGGGACAGUAAAAUUAUGGGAUAUGAGGCAAAAAGGAGAUUCGCCAUUAUUUUCCUUGAAGGAAAUGGAAGAUUACGUCAGCUCCAUGGUUACAACUAGCGAAAAGAAGUAUCUUGCUUGUGCUAGCGGAGAUGGUUCCCUGACGACACUGAAUAUGACUGCUAGGAGAAUGCAUGUUCAGUCCGAAGAGUAUGAGCAGGAGCUAACAUGUCUUGGUCUGUUUAAAUCAGAGACUAAGUUACUGGCUGGCGAUAGUAAAGGCAAAAUGUAUGUCUUCAAGUGGGGUGAGUUUGGACUACAUUCAGACGAGUUUCCUAGCGUGACUAAAAAGUCAAUGAACUGCAUGGUUCCGUUAACUGAAAACAUUGUUGUUACUGCUGGUGAAGAUGGAAUACUCAGAGCAACGAAUCUGUUUCCUUAUCAUCAUUUGGGAAUUGUUGGACAACACAGUAUGUCUGUGGAGGGAACAGAUAUAAGUAACGAUGGAACACUUAUCGCAUCUACCUCGUAUGACAACGACGUAAAGUUUUGGAAUGUCGAGUACUUCGAAACAUUGAAUAAUGAAAUGUCAAAGAAAGGCAGUGGAAAAAAGCAAUUAAAGCAUAAUUUGCCAAGCAGUAAAGUCAAUAAUGCAUCAGACUUUUUUUCCGGCUUGUGUUAAACCAGGUCUACCCUGUUAAUAUCAACAGAUAUUCAAAAAAAGGUAUUUGAUGAUUUUUCCUUCACAUAUCUCUUAAAUGAAAAGUAGACAAAAUAUAUUCUUAUGACCAUUUUAUUAUAUACUUGUGUAUACACUUAUAAUAUUGUAAAAAUUUUUACCAACAUACUAUGGUUUUCAAUAUAAUGGGCUACUUUUUUUAUUAAAAAUUUUUGAUAUCCUAAUUAUUUGAAAUUACAAUUUUAUAAAAA